AUGACUACAACAGUCGAUGUGGAUAAUGUGAGAUCAGAAGAAAGAUAUCCAAAUUUUCUCCCUGCUGUCCUUGCUGAUCCCUGUCCAGAUGGCUGGAUCGGGUAUAGAAAAAGAUGCUACUAUUUUUCUCUGACUGAAGGAAACUGGACUGUUGGCAGCAGGCACUGUUCUUCUCACAAUGCUUCCUUGGCUGUGAUUGAUUCCCAAGAAGAGAAGGGUUUUCUCUUUCGCUACAAAAGCCCUCCUGAUCACUGGAUUGGUCUCCAGAAGGAUUUGGGUCAGCCCUGGAGAUGGGUCAAUGGCAGAAUUUUCACAGGAGAGCUCUUCAAGCUUCGUGAGGAAGAGGGAAGAAGAUGUGCAUAUUUGAACCAUAAUGCCGUUGGUAGUUACAGCUGCACAAGAGAGGAACCCUGGAUCUGUAGCAAAGAGAUGGCUAAAGACAUUGGCUGGAUUUCAGCACCCAAGCCCUGA